CGGCCUCAAAGUUUGCGGCGGGCGGGCGGGCGCGGAGCCUCCAAGAUGCCGUUCCACCCGGUGACGGCGGCGUUGAUGUACCGGGGCAUCUACACCGUGCCCAACCUGCUGUCGGAGCAGCGCCCGGUGGACAUCCCCGAGGACGAGCUGGAGGAGAUCCGUGAGGCCUUCAAAGUGUUUGACCGAGAUGGCAACGGCUUCAUCUCCAAGCAGGAGCUGGGCACAGCCAUGCGCUCGCUGGGCUACAUGCCCAAUGAGGUGGAGCUGGAGGUGAUCAUCCAGAGGCUGGACAUGGACGGUGACGGCCAGGUGGACUUUGAGGAGUUUGUGACCCUCCUGGGACCCAAGCUGUCUACGUCAGGGAUCCCAGAGAAGUUCCAUGGCACCGACUUCGACACGGUCUUCUGGAAGUGCGACAUGCAGAAGCUGACGGUGGACGAGCUGAAGCGGCUGCUCUACGACACUUUCUGCGAGCACCUGUCCAUGAAGGACAUCGAGAACAUCAUCAUGACGGAGGAGGAGAGCCACCUGGGCACCGCCGAGGAAUGCCCCGUGGAUGUGGAGACCUGCUCCAACCAGCAGAUCCGCCAGACAUGCGUGCGCAAGAGCCUCAUCUGCGCCUUCGCCAUCGCCUUCAUCAUCAGCGUCAUGCUCAUCGCAGCCAACCAGGUGCUGCGCAGUGGCAUGAAGUAGGCGCCGCCUGGCGCAUGCAGUGCCGGGCCCGCUCCGCACCACCAUUGCCGCCCGCAGCCCUGUCCCUCAGCUGGCUCCCAGGUCCACCACCCACAGGUACUACUCCAGGGCCUGGACGUCUGGCCGCUGCACCCCUCUCGCCCCACAGGCCUUGCAUGGAGCUGGGGCCCGGCUGUGGAGGACUGGAGGUGGCUCUGAAGAUGGCCCCCAGGCCCCGCCACCCUGCGCUCACCCAGUCUCUAUGUAGCGCUAACUUCCCAAUGUCCCAGGGGUCCUGGGAAAUGGAGGAAUUUAAUUAGAGAGGAACUCCCAGCACCCAGCCACUGCUAUGGUCCCUUAGGCAGGACAGGCAUCCUGAAUCCACAGGGCAGAAGAGGCAGAGGCUGCUGGCCUUCUCCCAGAGAAGGGUCCCUGCCUCUGACCUUCCUUCGGCCCAAACCCAGUCCUCCUCCCCCACACCUGCUGGUGCCCAAGCCUGCAGAUCUCACGGGCAGUGGCCUGAGAUCUGACCUGGGUUUGCCUUCGGAGAACCCCCCCCCCCCCUUUUUCAAGAAAGGCAGAAGUUUGCAGUGGAGGUAGCAUCUUAGGUGUUCCCAAGGCCUCCAACCUCGAGGUCCCCCCCACCAAAGGCCCUGUAACUAAAGGCUGUAUUUCCUCCCCCAUCCCACCCUGCAGCACAGAACCCAGAACUGGAAUCUACUGGGGAGGAAGCAGGGCUGAGGCUGGGAGGGCCUGACUAGCUGAGCAGCCAGGGCACCGAGGCCCUCUAGCUAGAACCUUGGGAGACCACCCGCUGGGCCGAGGAGCUGGUAUAACCCAGUGCCAUGAGUGCCAAGAGGCACGGUGAGCCACUCUUCCUGGGCCCCCCACUCCUCUGCACCAAAUGCUUAAUGCCAGCUUGGCACGGGCGACGUGGAGGCUGCGAGUUCUGCCAGUCUGGGAUGGCAGAUGGAGGCCUGGGGCGCCUCUCUGCAGACUUGGGCUGCUUACCACCUGGGCUGCGGCACAGCCGCACCUCUGCCAGGCUGAGGCUCUGCCCCCUGACCAGGGACGGGGGGACGCAGCCGAGAAUACUGGCAGGAGAAACACACACCACCACCAAGACGCUUCCUGUCCAAGCAUCUGGAAGUUUCCUUGCCCAUCUUCUGAAGACA